AUGGGCUGCUUAGGGGGGCUGCUCGGCGGCAGGGGGCAGAGGAAGCCAGGCCCACCGUGCAGCCACAGGGAUGCACGGGCAGGUUUGACUGGUGUCAAGGGAGAAAAAGGAAACCCAGGCGUUGGAAGUCAAGGUCCAAGAGGCCCCCCAGGACCAGCAGGACCUUCGGGGGAGAGCCGGCCUGGCAGCCCGGGACCCCCUGGCUCUCCUGGACCCAGGGGCCCUCCAGGUCAUCUGGGGGUCCCCGGACCCCAGGGUCCUUCCGGCCAGCCUGGGUACUGCGACCCUUCGUCCUGUUCGGCCUACGGCGUGGGAGCCCCCCACCCGGAUCAGCCAGAAUUCACCCCUGUCCAAGACGAGCUGGAAGCCAUGGAGCUCUGGGGCCCUGGGAUCUGACAGCCUC